AUGACUACAACUCAAAGAAGUGAGAGUAUGAACAGUGUUCUCAAAAGGUAUGUGAAUUAUAAACACAAUUUUCUUGAGUCUUUUAAUCAUUUUCAGAGGCUACUUGAAGAUCGCCGUUAUGAAGAGUUAAAAGCUGAUUUUAGGGCAAAUAUAAGCUUUUUAGCAUUACAGUAUCCUUGUGAGCUCUUGAAACAUGCAGCGAAUAUGUACACGCCUAAAGCUUUCAAGUGCUUUCAAACUGAAUGGUGCAAGUCUUUAGAUGCUAAAUUUCAUGAUUGUGGUGAAGUUGAAUCUGUGAGAAAUUGUAGAAAUUUUCAAUUUACUGGAAUUUUUUGUUCUCAUAUUUUGAAAGUUUUUAUGAUGAGAAAUAUUGUCAAGAUUCCAAGUGAAUACAUAUUAAAGAGAUGGACACGCAAAGGAAAAACUGGAUUUUUUGGAGAUGAAGAUUCUACUGUUGACACCAACAAUUUAGAUCCUAAAUUGGUCUCAAGCAUGCGGUAUAGAGAAUUGUGCAGGAUAUAUGUUCAAUUAGCUACACGAGCAGCGGAAACAGAGGAAACAUACAAAAUUGCAAAAGAUAGUCUUCUUAAGAUGCUUGAAGAGGUGGAUGCAAAAUUACAGGGUGAAGUAGCCUCUCAAAAAUCAAAUGAAACUACUAAUCGCAUGAGCCAAUCCGGGAAAGCAGUUGGUGAAGGAAGUGGUAAUAAAAUCAAAGGGAUCAAAGCUAAGGCAAAAACUACUUCUGGUAAAAGGUUGAGAAGUAGUUUAGAAAAGGUUUCAAAUAAGAGAAAAUCAACAAAUAAAAGUCGAGGUGGAGCAAAAGUUACAACCUCAGGACCACCAUUAUCAUCAACACAGGCUGAUUCAAGUCAAUCAAUGAAUGUUGAAAAUUUUAAAAAGGAUGCACAACAUUCAAUCAGUAUGACUAGGUUACUGGAGGAACAACAAGCACGUAGCGUUGAAAGUUUAGUAAAGAACAACUUAGGGGAACAUAACAAUGUGAUUAGCUUUGCAAGUGUAAGUGAUGGCCGUGUUACUGAAACAACCGUUGUUGGUGUUAGAUGCAAUAACUACAGUGGCAGUCAAAUUCCACGUCAAGGUGGCAACAAUGUUCAGGAUCUUUAA